AUGCAAGAAACUUAAUUGUAUAGAAAAUCUGCUAAUCAUUUUAAUGUCAGCAAUUCUCUUUAAUUACUGUAUUGUUUUACAAAAAUAACCUUUGGAAUAUACUUAGUAUUACCUACAUAAUUAUGUGAUUACAAUUCAUUUUCUGAAUUCUACUAUUAAAACCCAUUACAUUAAUGGAUAGUUUGGAUAGUAGUUCAUUCAUUUUUAAAUACUUUAUUGUAUUUCAAUUAAAUAGUUUAUAUGAAUGUAGAAGAAAAUAGACAUAAUUUAGCAUUAAAAUUAGGUUAAAUAAGAGAUUAAGAAGAAUAAUUCUAGGCACAUUUUAUUGAGGAUUCAAAACAAAUAAGCAUACUAACAAGAUAAAUUAAAUAUGAAGUUUAAAAAUCAGUAUUAUGUGGUAAGUGGUAUAAUCGUAUCUUGGGUAUAAUAAACUAAUUACUCUUUAUAUAUGGAUUAAAUAUAUUUCUAUCUUAAGAAACAACUAGAAUAGGAUGUGAAUAUUAUCAAUACUAUUUCCUAUGCACAAUUCUAAUACUCUCAAUUUAUUCAUAUAUAGACUUGUACAUUAUAGCCAUAUUUUGUAUAUUAUUUUCACCAUUUCUGAUAUUGUUUCUGAUAUAUUAUUGUGUUUCACAGUAAGAAUUAGUAAAUUGAUUUUUUUAGUUGCACUAAGAGACAGUAAAGAAUAGAAGCAAUGGAAAGAUUGAACAUUUAGAGUUACAAACCUAAUUGUGUAGAAGGUGAUCCUGAAUGUUCAAUUUGUAGAUGUGCAUAUGAAUUAGGAGAAAGUAUAUUAACAUUAACUUGCAGCAAGUUCCAUCAUUUCCAUGAAUCAUGCAUUAUGGUAAAUUAGUUUUAUAUUUAAUUGUUAGAGUUGGAUGAAUGUAAAUUCAACAUGUCCAUUAUGUAGAAAAGCCAUAUGA